ACAAACAAGCAUUUUAGAGAGACAAAACUUAAGUAAAAAAAAAAAACUAAUUGAGAAAAUAUGGAGACCGUGACAUCACUUGUCUUCAUUGUUAACUUACUUAUCAUUUUUACAUCAGUUGUGAAUCAGGCUAGAGGAGAUACAUGUAUAGAUGGAUUAGGCUAUUGCAACAAUUGUGACGAGAGAUGCAAGGCCAAGCACGGACCAUCGAGCGAAAGCAGCUGUGAUCGUAGUGUUGGGGUGCCGCUGUGCAAAUGCUACUACGAAUGUGAAUCUCCGCCAUCACCACCCGCGCCGCCGAAGAAAUGCGACGGUGGGGCUGGUAUAUGUAGUCAAAGAUGUCAAGGACAAUGUUGUGAUAUGAACUGUGCACAAAAGUAUAUUGGUGGACAUGGAUUUUGUAAUACUCUUGGUACGUUUAGUUUCUGCCAAUGCGAAUAUCCUUGUUAAAGUCGGUUGACAAAACUGUACACCAAUUAUUUUUUAUUAUUAUUUUAAUUUCAGCAAUGCAAUAAUAAAUUAAGAACAAUUACUAUUAAUAAUAAUAUGUGGACGACGUACUUAC